CCUGAACCGGGACCUGAACCUCAACCCGAACCUGAACCGGGACCUGAACCUGAACCUGGACCUGAACCUCAACCUCAACCCGAACCAGAACCUGAACCUGAACCGGGACCUGAACCUCAACCCGAACCGGGACCUGAACCUGAACCGGGACCUGAACCCGAACCAGAACCUGAACCUCAACCCGAACCUGAACCGGGACCUGAACCUGAACCGGGACCUGAACCUGAACCGGGACCUGAACCUCAACCUGAACCGGGACCUCAACCCGAACCAGAACCGGGACCUGAACCUGGACCUGAACCUCAACCGGGACCUGAACCUCAACCCGAACCAGAACCAGAACCUGAACCUCAACCCGAACCAGAACCCGAACCGGAACCUGAACCGGGACCUGAACCUCAACCCGAACCGGGACAACCUGAACCUGGACCUGAACCUCAACCCAAACCGGGACCUGAACCUCAACCUGAACCGGGACCUGAACCUCAACCCGAACCUGAACCUCAACCCGAACCUGAACCGGGACCUGAACCUGAACUGGGACCUGAACCUCAACCCGAACCUGAACCGGGACCUGAACCUGAACCUGGACCUGAACCUCAACCCGAACCAGAACCAGAACCGGGACCUGAACCUCAACCCGAACCGGGACCUGAACCUGAACCGGGACCUGAACCUGAACCAGAACCUGAACCUCAACCCGAACCUGAACCGGGACCUGAACCUGAACCGGGACCUGAACCUCAACCUGAACCUGAGCCUCAACCCGAACCAGAACCAGAACCUGAACCGGGACCUGAACCUCAACCCGAACCGGGACCUGAACCUCAACCUGAACCGGGACCUGAACCUCAACCCGAACCAGAACCUGAACCUCAACCCGAACCUGAACCGGAACCUGAACCUGGACCUGAACCGGGACCUGAACCUCAACCCGAACCAGAACCAGAAACUGAACCUGGACCUGAACCUCAACCUGAACCGGGACCUGAACCUAAACCAGAACCAGAACCGGCACCUGAACCCGAACCGGGACCCGAACCAGAACCUCAACCCGAACCUGAACCGGGACCUGAACCUGAACCGGGACCUGAACCUCAACCUGAACCGGGACUUGAACCUCAACCCGAACCAGAACCGGGACCUGAACCUGGACCUGGACCUGAACCUGAACCGGGACCUGAACCUCAACCUCAACCCGAACCAGAACCUGAACCGGGACCUGAACCUCAACCCGAACCAGGACCUGAACCUCAACCUGAACCUGAACCUCAACCUGAACCGGAACCGGGACCUGAACCGGAACCUCAACCGAAACCUCAACCGGAACCUCAACCCACUCCUGCAAAACCAAAAAAGAAGAAUUGUCAUAAAAAGCAUAACAAAAUAAAAUGAAAGUUCU